AUGAGUAAUAACGGGGGAACCUUACCGCCGGUUCCCCUUCAAAAUCACAGUCAAAGUUCUUCAUCAUUUUCGUGUUCACACUGCGGUUUGUUAUUUGAAUCAGCUACAUCUCUUCAAGUGCACAUGCAUUAUCAACAUCAUGAGACCCAAUCAAGAUGGGGAAUACUUCCAUCAUCAACAACACCUACAUCUGACGGAAAGGAAACAAAUAAUAAUAAUAAUCAUCCUACAAAACAUCACAUAAAAGCAAUUUCACCUCAUCAAAAUACAAUAGCAGCACCAGCAGAUUCAAGUGAUAAUAAUCCACCAACACCUCAACCAAAUGAUAGUGGCCCAUCUCAAAACUUUCAGGGUGAUUCUGGAACGCAGUCACCAUUUUCAACAACACAAAAUUCAAUGACGCCUUUGUCUUCACUUUCAAAUGAACAACAUCGAGAUAUUUCUGGUUACCCAUCAUAUUAUGAACAGUAUUAUCAUGGAAUGGAUUAUAAUCAUAUUACUGUUCCACAUCACCACCAUUUGUUAAAUAAUGGACAACAUCAUCAACUCGAGUACAAAACAGUGCCUUCAACACGAUAUCAACAGCCACCGCUUCAUUUUAAUAGUACCGUCAAUAGUACAAACAACAAUUCUCAAACAUCCUCAAAUACAGCAGUACAAACUAAUAACAAUGGACUAAGUCCACGUGUUGUUUCAUCGACUACACCUCCAGCUCAAACAAAUAGUACAUCUCCUGUACAAAUGAUGCAAAUACCGUCAGGUCAACCAACACCGUCGCCUUCACCUAAGCAAUGUGAUAAAUGUGGCGUUGUUUGUGAAACGGAUGGUCAACUAAUGGAACAUAGUCAAGUUGUUCAUGCUGAUAUUGGUGUAAAUGGAAUAAAAUCUCAAAAUGGUGACCAUGAGCAAAACUUCUCACCAUUCACGUCAGGGUCACAUCAUUACCAUCAUAGUAUGAUUAAAGAUGAACCACCUUCUGACAUACUUGACUUAGACUCUCAAAAGAUGGUUUAUCCGCCACAUCCUGAUGGUUCUCUUCCCCCAAUGCACUCAUUACAUCCAUUGCAAUCAAUGCAACGUCAUCCAAUGAUUUGGAGUCAUCAUGAUGCACAUUUUGUACCUCCACAUCCAGGAUAUCAUCAAACAAUUAAACCAGAAUAUCCGCCAACACCUCCAAUUAAAAACGAAUAUAUGGCAAGCUCUCAUAUGAAAUCGUCUGUAGAUUAUUCUACAAUUUUAACUCCAACACCUGUGUCUAUGAAACAAGAAUAUAAUCACAUAAAAUCUGAUUACAAUAAUGCGUCUGGAAUUGCACAGAGUGGAACUCUUCCACCUUCCACAAUAAACAGCAAAAACUUUGUUAAUGACCUCACCGAAAAUGGUAAUCAAUUGACUUCUUCACCUUCUGACUUUCCCAGUACAACAACACCACAAGAGAAUGGGAACCAAUUUCAACGCACUUUUGAACCACCAACUAGCUCUCUACCUAGUACAAAAGGCGCAAACUGGAAGUCAAAUGAAGCUAGGCGGCCUAAGACAUACAAUUGUACAGCUUGUAAUAAAUGGUUUACAAGUUCGGGACAUUUAAAACGUCACUACAAUACAACAUUACACAAAAACGCUGUAAAAUCUAGCGGUCAACCUGACCCAGCAACAUUGCCAAUUAGUGCUCAUCACCAUCCUAAUCGUGAUCCAAAUUAUAUGGGAAAACGAAGAUCUCAUCAUAAUCGUAAUCAAGCAAAUCAACAACAAGCUCAAAAUGCUACUUCUGUUGUACAAACAGUGUCGCAAACUCAAUUGCAACAGCAAAAUAUUGUGUCAGAAUCAUCUACUCGUAGUCCGGAUUAUCAACCACAAUUUAAUCUGCCAUCUUUUGGUUCAUCAACAAUACAGCAGAACUUUCAACAAUAUGGAAAUACAAAUCUGCAUAAUCCUCCGGGAAACGGGCAAGCAGGUCCCUCAGUUUACGUUGCCUCCCAACCGAGGGGCCUGCAUCAGAUUCUAAUGAGCAACAGCAACUUAACACUUCAAACGGACAAUCACCAGGCACAACAGCACCAGCUUCAGCUAUUGCAUCAUCAGCCUCAACACCAGCUUCAUCCUAUUUCCAUCACCACCAACUUCACCCAACCGCAGUCCAUCACCAUGCAAUCGCCAGUCACCAGCAACAUCAACAAUUUAAUGGAUCCGCCAUAUCCUUUGCAUACCAACACCAACACACCCUCCUACCACAUAACCAUCACGGAGGAACAGAAUUAUCACAAUACUAUUGGUAACUUGCCUCAUUCUUCGCCUCCAGAAUCAAUUGGGGAAAUAGAUAUGGAUUCUGAUUCACAGUGUCAAGAUCUUUUAUAUGCGACGCUCCCAUCAAUUCAACCAGGAAAUCAUAUGACAUCGUAUGACCAACUUUUGUCUCGUUAUACUGGUGGAGCAGCGUACACUGGUGAUAUGGCACCGCCAUUUUCCCCAGACAUACCGGAACAAUAUCAUCAAACGGCUACAGUUUUAACAAUAUCAGCAUCAUUAGAUGAGAAUCAAACUGAAUCUCUGACAUCACCAAAACAAUCUCCUUCGAUUGUGUCAUCUACUGUGCCAUAUUCUUCAACUUCAUCUUCCAAAACAAUAUCAACAAAGUCAUCAUCUGUAAUAGCAGCUGCUACAUCAUCUGGAGAGUAUCGGUGCGAUAUAUGUGAUAAAGUGUUCAACAAGUCUUGCUAUCUAACUCAACAUAAUAAAACAUUUCAUUCUGGAGAUCGUCCAUUUAAGUGUCAUCGUUGUGGAAAGCGUUUUCCAUGCGGUGCAUCACACGAAGAACAUGUUGCGAAACAUGGAGGUGAAAAGCCGUUUAAAUGUGAGGUUUGUCCAAAACAAUUUAAUCAUAAAACUGACUUAAGACGUCAUAUGUGCUUACAUAGUGGCAGUAAACCAUUUUCAUGUAUCCAAUGUUCAAAAGGAUUCAUUCGUAAAGAUCAUAUGGUAAAACAUAUGGAUACGCAUAAAAAGAAGCUUAAUGGAAAUUCUAAAAAAUCCAAGUUGGCUAAAAAAGGAAGCACUUCUCUAAAUACACCUGAUUCAAGUGAAUCUUUAUCAAUCCAGUAUGGAAGCUGAAAAAUUAACAAUACUUCAUUAUUAUAGAACUUUCAAAAAAGAAAAGAUGAGAUAACUAAAAGAAUAGUUUGAGUUACCAAUGAUUACGAUAUUUGCAUGAAAUAAAAAUAUUCAGUUCCCAAUAAAUAAAAUGAUAAAAUGAAAGUUCAAAUAACAAAAAUAUUUAAUCUACCUCGAAUCAUUUUGAUUGUACACGUGAUCAGAAUAUACCUUGUAAUAUGAAUACUAAGUAUGAUAAGACAAGAAAGUGAAUUUCUCAUUUAUUACACAUGAUAAAUUAUAAUCAGAAACUACCUCAGAACAAAGAUUUAAUUUUCA